AGGAUGCCAACAGCCCUUGGUCAUGUUGGUCGCAUGCCGACGGAACCUCCCUGCCAACCCCAUAACAGGGUAGUCUACAUCAAGACUCACAAAACUGGUUCCACAACAAUGUGUUCAAUCUUCGAUCGAUACGCCUUCGACAGAAACCUUACCGUCCUCGUGCCAAAGAGUUCGCACUUCGUGAACUGCAAGCUCCUAUUCACCGCCAAGAAUAUUGCUGUAGACAAGAUAGGCUCUAAAAAAACUCGAAAGGGCAACUGGACUUUCGAAACGGGAUAUGAUAUGCUGACCAAUCACGCUCGUCUCAACAAGAAGGAGAUGGACAAAGUGUUCCACAAUGCCAGCUACGUGACUAUCAUCCGGGAGCCAGCGGCCCAGUGGCAGUCGGCAUUUAAUUACUUCGAGGUUUGGCAAUCUUUGCCCCAGUCUAAAGCACCCAUGGACCUCUUCCUCUCCGAGCCGAAAAAGUAUUUCUCUCACGUUAUGGGUAAGAAACAAUACUACAAAUUUAGCAUGCACAACCAGCAACUUUUUGACUUUGGUAUGGAACAUAACGACACCGACGACGAAGAGAAAGUCAUGAAUAAAAUCAAAGAGCUGGAUUCCGUUUUCGAUCUCGUCAUGAUCACGGAGUACUUCGAAGAAUCUCUCCUCUUGCUUCGUAAGAUGUUAUGCUGGAGCAUGGACGAUUUGAUAUAUCUGAAGCACGGAGUUCGCUCUUCGAAAUAUCGGCAGAAAGACAACUUCACGUUGGGUGAUAAGAUACGCGAGUGGAACAAGUCAGAUCUUUUGCUCUACUCUCAUUUUAACGAAACAUUUUGGCAAAAGGUCCGAGAAUACGGACCGUCAUUUUCCCAGGACUUGGCAACUCUGAAAAAUAUGCUCUCGAAUGUUUCUGAUACGUGUCUGAAUAAAACACUUGUAAAGAAAGUUGACCGCAGAUCAGACACAUAUGCCAUGAAUGUGAACGCUCCUGAGAUCUGUGUUCAGCUUACUUGGGGAGAUCCAAAAUACACGAACAUGUUCAGACGUAGGAUGGCCCAACUUAAUGUACCUUCAUAUAACCGGGGACGCGAUCCAUGUUCUUGAAACUUCACAUGAAUUAACAUUAAAUCUCUAUUCGACUUUUAAUUGCAAAUACCAGAUACAUCUUGUGAACGUCGGAUGGCCGAUCUAAAUUUAACUUCCUAUAACCGGGGACGUGAUUCAUGUUCUUGAAACUGUAGUUCAAAUGAAUUGAACAUUUCAUCUCCGUUCACCUGACUAAUUUUUUUGCAGUUACCAGAUACGCUAACAUUAAUUCUGUAGACGUCGGAUGUUCAAUCUAAAAACCCUACCUUCUUAUAACCAGGGACGUGAUUCACGUUCUUGAAAUUUUAGUUCCGAUGAAUUGAACACCUUAUACUCAAAUCGGAGUUACGAGAUCAUUUUUAGAAAUCGAUCGAUCUAAAUGUUCGAGGUACGCAUAGUGUAGAAUAUGCGCAGGUCAUGAUUCGCACAAACAUAACUGUGUAAUGUCCACCCCAUCAAAGUUGAUUUGAAUAAAAAGAGAAAAAUCCAACAAGCAUAACACUGAAAAGUUCAUCAAAAUCGGACUUUAAAGUUUCACCAAAUUUCACAAAACAUUUAAAUGCACAUUCUGGGGAGCGUUUCAUAACAGUCACUAUGGUAACAGUGUCUCUCAGCCAAUCAUAAUCAAGGAAAGUUGUCAGACCUGACAACUUGUCGGACGAAAAUAUCGAUGAAAUGCUCCCCUUGUCGUUAUUAGUUAUUGAGGGUACUGAUGACGUCACCCACUCGUAUUCUAUUAUAUGAAAUAUGCUGAUUUUCUCGCACUUGUCAUGUAAAAUCGGAUUUUAUUCCUCUUGGAUAUGUCGAAUUAACACUGUUUAACAUUAUGUGGUUCAGUAAAGUUUUACAGUAUUGUCAAUUCUGUAAAAAUUGAAAUAUUGUAUAAAUUCAAAGAAUGGGAAAAAAUAAAUAGGGAGGGAUGGACAUCACUGACUCUCAUUUGCAUAUCACUGACUUGUGCAACAGUACUGUGUUGAGAAAAAUAAGGGAAAUCUUAAAAUGUCAUAACUUUCUUAUUUUACAUCCGAUUUUGAUGCAAUUUUCAGCGUUAUGCUUGUUAGAUUUUUCUUUAUUGAUUCAAAUCAAUAUUUUUUGGGGUGGACUUGCCCUUUAUUUCCACCUGAUUAUCACAUGGGGUGCUUUGCUGCGAUAGCUGCGAUCAAACGAAACUCAAAAUAUCAAACGGAAUUUCAUUUUCAACCAAUUAAAUGCUCUUGCUGAAACGUGCCCGUGAUCACACAAAUUGCAUAUAACAUGUAUAAGGGAAGUUAGAAAUACCUUCCUAUAUUUUGCACAAAACGGUUAAGAACUUGCCUUUAACGAAAAUAAAAGCACCCUGUGUCGUGAUUCCAGGACACACUAACUCCCACCUUGAACCCUGUGCAGGAAUUUGACUUUUGUCAUGGGUGUUGUUUUCUCGCCCUUUUAAAAGUACAUUAUCUGUUUUAAAUGAGACCUUUAAGUGAAAUAUGUAUAAAUGUAACUGGGCAGUCGUGAAAGUGUGACAUCACACACAUGUUGGUCGCAUUGCCAACAGGAGGAUGGUCAUAUUGUUAGUGAUCUCGAUAAUUAAUGCUCAUAACUUUCUCAUAAUUUAUUCAAUUUGUCUCAAACUUUCGUUGAUUUUUUAAUUCUCUCUAUUUUUUAUCCAGUUUUGUUUGGUUGGUUGGUUGGUGUUUAUUUUAACGGCGUUUGCAUUCUAAAAUAAUAUUUACGCCUUUUCUGAUUAUUUUUUUUUUGGUUAUUCAUAUAUUUUUACGCCCGUUUUCAAACAGGCGUACUUAUUCUUAUUCCUUCCAAGGGUUUCAUUUCCAUUUGAGUUCAUUCGUUGUUGCUUAUCGUUGAUUUACAUAUUGUUCUGUUUCCUCCAUUACGAAUAAGAUAUAAUUCUUGUGAGUUAUACCGAAGAGCACCAAAGGAAAAAAAAAUGGGGAAAUGUUAUUUAUCACCUUGACGAAAAACGGUAACAGGUCGCUCACAGAUAACGUCAUGCGUAAAUUACGACUUUAUGAAACGGCCGAUAUUGGUAGGCCAAUUGUGUAAAUUGAUGUGAUAUAAUUCGAAUGUAUACACACAGACAGAAAGAGACAAAUAUAUCUAAAUGUCUAUUUGCGUUUUCUUGCUUUCUUAUGUUCGUGCCGGGGUUUUGGGCCGGGCCCGUCGUCUUUAUUGACGCUUCUUAUCUUUUUAAUGAUAUAUUUAUGAUGUUGCUGAAUCUGAACAUAUUUUAAUUCAUCAUCAAACAAAUUAACCUCGUAUCUUCUUCAAGGUUAAGUAGAUAUAUUUGAUGAUUGACAUAAAAACUGGUUAAAAGUCGUUUACAUUCUAUGAACCAUAUUUAUGAAGAUAAAUGUAAACAUGAAACAUGCUUCAAAGUAAUGGUGAGGGAGCCCUAGUAUUGGCUGUUGUUGUUGUUGUUGUUGAAUAUGAUGGCGCUCUUCAAUCUCUCCAGAUUAUACGCGCCAGUCACUUUCGUAAGUAGGACGUCGUCGGCAAAGGAGAUCCAUACGACGUUAAACCAUUGGUGACGAUUAUAUGACAUAUUAAUAUAGAUUAGUCACCCAUCCACCUAUUAUAUUAGUAGGUCCUACAAGAUUAAACAUCUUCGAGGAAUAAUACUUCAAUACAAAUAGAGAAAUUAAAUAUCGCGCGUGCUAAAUGAUUUUUCGUGAAAAAGGGCACA